GGAGGAGAUCUGCCAAUGCCAGCCUGUGGGUGUUGCCCCGCUGGGCUUUGAUAGCUCUUUCAGAAACGGAGCUGUGUCAAUAUGCCAGGAGUCCUCUGGAUGGAGGCUGGGGUGGGACAACACAGGGCGAGAGGCUCUCUUGGCAAGGCGUGGAAGGGGAGGCUGGCCCCGGGCUCGGGGCUCCUGGGCCACCGGGCAUGACGUGGCCGCUGCGGAGGCCAGCCCGGAAAGGGGCUGCGGGAAUGGAUCCGGGCCCUGUUUUCCUUUGUCCUUUGUUGACAGGAAAGAAGAAUUUAGCAGAAAGAAAUCUCCCCAGAAGCCUUUGGCUAAAGGAAACGGCUGGGGGCAGAGGAGACCGAAAGGAGCCGAUGCGUGGGGCGGGUGCAAGAGGCAGGUCGCCUCCCGUGCCCUGUGCCUGUGUCCCAACGCUGGAGACCUUGGCCGGCUCUUGAUUUCAGGGGGCACAGCUGUGAAUGGACGAGCUGCGCCCAGAGAAUCGAUGGGGUGGCUUUGGGGGAGAACUGACCGAGGGGGAAAUAUUUAGAGCAGAAAGCAAGUGCUGGGGCCGUCUCAAGCGUCUCAGUGCGGCGCUUUGCAGGUAUUAAAGAGGACGGGUGGUUGCAGACGGUUGGGUCACUUAUCUGCGGAGGAUAAGAGAUGGGGCAAAGGUUCCCCACAGGUUUACGAGCUGCCGCUCGCGGGUUGCCUGGGACAAGCGAGAGGAGUUCCCUGUACAAGGAAGAAGUUCAUCUGCUGCAGGUGUCUGACACCAGCCUGUUUGGCCACGGGGCUCACCCAUCAAAGCAUGGCACGCUUGGAUGAGACCUCGGUGAGCAGCGAGGAGUUUGACAUGAGUGACUCCACAUGGACGUCAGCUGAUCAGCAGCUCCACACCAGCCUGAGCCCCAGCCAGGAGGAGGCGAUGCGCAGCCCGCAGAACAUCCACAGCCAGGAGGACGACGAUUCCUCCUCGGAGAGCUGCAGCGGGAAUGGCUCGUCCACCCUGAACCCCUCCACCUCCAGCAGCACUCAGGGCGACGCCACCUACCCAGAGGUGAACGGAAAUGGAGCUGGUGCCCCCAUGGAUUUCAGUGCCUCGUCGGAGGACCAGCCCAUCAACCUCUGCGACAAGUUGGCCCCUGCUCACGUCACCUCGGCCUACCAGUCGGACAGUUGCAGCGCCGACGGCCUGCGGAGCCGGGCGAAGUACGGAGCCAAAAGCACAACCGAGUCCCCCCCCUACAGCUCUGGCAGCUACGACUCCGUCAAGACCGAGGUCAGCGGAUGUCCCGAAGACCUGACCGUGGGCAGAGCUCCCACGGCUGACGAUGAUGACGAUGACCACGACGACCACGAGGACAACGACAAGAUGAACGACUCGGAAGGCAUGGACCCCGAGCGGCUAAAGGCUUUCAACAUGUUUGUACGCCUUUUUGUGGAUGAGAACCUAGACCGCAUGGUCCCCAUCUCCAAACAGCCCAAAGAGAAAAUCCAGGCCAUCAUUGAGUCCUGCAGCAGGCAGUUCCCAGAGUUCCAGGAACGAGCUCGCAAACGUAUCCGCACUUACCUCAAAUCUUGCCGCCGCAUGAAGAAAAACGGCAUGGAAAUGACCAGGCCUACCCCCCCUCACCUGACCUCAGCCAUGGCCGAGAACAUCCUGGCGGCCGCUUGUGAGAGCGAGACGCGGAAAGCAGCCAAGAGGAUGCGGCUGGAGAUCUACCAGACGUCGCAGGACGAACCAGUUGCACUUGACAAGCAGCACUCCCGGGAUUCGUCGGCUGUCACGCAUUCCUCUUAUUCACUGCCAGCCUCCUCCUUCUCCCAAGAUCCCGUCUACAUCAACGGGAGCCUGAACUACAGUUAUCGGAGUUAUGGGACCCUGGGCGGCAGCUUGCAACCGACUCCUUCACUCCAGACAGGGAAUCACAGUAACGGCCCCACUGACCUCAGCAUGAAAAGCGGCACGUCCAGCGCCACCCCCCCGGCCAACAGCACGAACAGGGGGGUGCCGGCCGCCCAGCUCAGCCCAACCGAGAUCAGUGCUGUGCGGCAGCUGAUUGCCGGCUACCGGGAAUCCGCAGCCUUCCUCCUCCGCUCUGCAGAUGAACUGGAAAACCUCAUUUUACAGCAGAACUGACUGCUCGCCUCCCUGCGGCUCCUGUGCCGGAAGACACUGUCCACCGCUCGCCCGAGGCUCUCUUGAUAAUCUGCUCAGGACUGGCCAUUCCUUUGCCUACCACCACCCUGGCACAGGUUCUUGAUGUUUAUCAGGUGGAACCCCGAAAGAUCCCUCUUCGACCAGGAGCCUGUGGCCCAAGGAGCCUGCCUUUCAAAGCUGACCAAGCCAGCGCCCUCUGCCAACCCAGAGCCAGCCCCGCAGCCUGGAAGGACGUAGGACUAUGGUGGUUUGGGGAGAAAACGGGAUCGGGGUGGAUGGAGCUUCGGGCACGGUCAGGAUUUACUUGUGGAGCCCAGCAACGGUAGAGCCCUUUUCACCGCCCCCCUCCCACUUCUCCUGCCCCUUUCACGUCUUAGGAAUUGCAUAUUUAUUGAGAAACUCACCAACCCUCUCCCCGUUCUUUCUCUUCCCCAUAAUUUAUUUUUUUUUCUAAAAAUGGAUUCUUGAGUUUGUACAGAAUUGCCACUUUUGUGUCUCUCAGUGAGGAAGAGGUUUAAUCCUGCACCGCCACAUGCGCUUUCCGGCGGUCCAGCUCCUGGAGCCGGGAGGCAGGGAGGAGAAACGGACCAGCGAGGCUCUGAAGCCGGCGGAAAAGGGGGGGGACGCUUUCGGGUCUCCCUCCCUUUGGCCAAGUGAUCCUUUGGCCGCAGCCCCGGGCCCCCUUUGCCACGCUCGGACCGCAGUCGUCCUGCCAGGAGGACUUGGGGGGGGUCACUCUGUGGCAAAACCUCAGCAGCUCCCUGGCCUUCCUCCUCCACACUCUACCUCACUGCUGGGCGCUCCCCGCCAGCCCCGGCUCUCCCUUGAGGAGGCCAGGGUGGUUCCUUGUUGCGGGGCCCGCAAGAGAGCGGCAUAGCACCCCAAAACGGAAGGUGUGUGGAAGGGGGCGAGCUAGAGCCCGCAAACGGAACUUCCUCCGCAAGUCACAGCGGUAGGCUUGUCUUGAAAAGGCAGCCCGUAGCCCGGUGGGCAAAGAACGGUGGCAGCCAGAGCCUGUUUUUUGAGGUGUGGAAGGGGACUGGCCCCCUUUUUUCCUCCUCCUCUUCCAACCGCCCCCCUGCCUUGCCCAUGCAAUUGCAAAUGCACUUGCUUUUGCUCAGUGCAAUAUUGACCAGUGCUGCUAACAUUAGGAACGGAGGAGACUGGGCGGCCUUAGCAGCCACAGCAGCAGCGACCAGAAACGGCUUGGGGUGACACUCGGGCCGACCUGCUUACCCUCUUCACCCUGCCCUGCCCUGCCCUGCCCCAGCCACAUCUCCCCAGCUUUGCCAAGGAACAGCCGCCUCUGCCAGGCUGGGGGGCGCGCUCGCAUUUUGGACAGGCCCAUCCCGGGAGGGCCUCUUGAACUUGUCCCCGUUUCAUUUUUGCAUCACUCCAUGCCUAAGCCCAUCCGCCUGGCAGGGUUCCUUCCCUUGCUUGCGCUCCGGAGUCAGCCUGGGGCUUGAGCCCAGGGCCACCCGCUGCAGAGCCCUCGUCCAGGCUGUGCUCGGCCUGGGGAGCACUCGGCUUGCUGCGAAGGAGAACCGGCCGGCCUCUGUUGCGUCCCACCCGUUCCUGAGGACGAGGAGGGGUUCUCCAGGGGAGGAAGGGAUUAACGUCUCUGCUAACAACCUUAUUGCCCCUCCGCCGCCCCCUUGCUGACUUGAUUCUCCUCCUGGGCCUGCACAAUCUAGAGAUGCUUGUCCUGCUGUUCCUCCUGCCAACUUUGAUUUUGUGUAAAUAUUUAUUGUGCCAGGUCCUGGCGAGCAACAGCCCUAGUACAAAACCCUUAGCAUGCAAGAGUGGCAGAGACAAUCGCCGUCCGGAAAAGAGCGGAGUUCACCUCCUUGCCUGCGGCCUUGGCGCAGCUAGGGGCGCAUCAGGAACACAGAGCCAUGUGAUGGUGGGUGGGUGGCCCAGAGGCUCUGUGUGGACGCAGCUGAAGCUCCUUUGGUGUAACUUCGGCCCUCUUCACUAGGCCCCUUACUGCCGGGUGGCUGUCCGCCCGCCCGCCCCAUUGUACAUGAGUGGCAGACCGUCUGGGACUCAGAAGGGGCUCCCACGGUCACCAAGAGGCUGGCACUCGGCCCACCUUGAGUUUGCGAUGCCUUCUGGCGAGCGCAGCGCCUGCAAUCCCUAUUGGACCCCAGAAGCCAUGUUUCGUAAGAUUCUUGGGACGCCCCCAUGGUCUGUCCUGGAUCCUUACCGACGAGGAACCCCUCUUUCUGCUGAAGGCCAGUUCUCUGGUACGUAUUUGCAGGAGGGGCUCUGCCACUCCCCCCCCCGCACUCAGCAGGCCCGUCUUCGAGCGAGCGAGGCAAAGAGCACCCCCUGCUUUCCCACAGCAGCAUUUGGACCCUGGGAAAGGCAUUUGCAGGACCCUCUGCAGAGAGGAUCCCCCCAGCCCCCGCCCCCUCUUUACAGGCCGAUUCUUUCGUAGGUGGCCGUAACAUUUAGUACCAGUUCCUUUACGAGAAAUGCUGCUUUGAACUCAGAGGGUUAAAUACAACUUUGAUUUGUAUUUUUUUUGUAAAACUUUUUACAAGGUAGUCUAGCAAUUUCACCAGAAUACCAAUUACAAUCUGUCCAUGGUCUGAUUUUUAUACCAUUUAGUGGUGCUUUAGAAAGUUUGGUUUGGUGGUUGUUUCCGAGCUGAUUGGCUCAGUUCUUCACCUGUAUGUACCUAAGACCAAUGUGAACCUUUGUACUUUUUGCUCCUGACUUUGGACUCAGUGAAAGUGUACUGUUUACAUGUACAGAACUCCCAGCACCCCUCUGUGUUCGGCAAGACCCGGUCUUGGCGAGGAAGACCCACCUCACCCUUCCUCAUCUGCUUAGUGCAGCCACAGAUCCGCUAACCUGUUUCCCUUCGCCGCUCUCCGUAAACACGCCGCACCCACGGCUCCCUCCUGGGCUGUACUGCUAGGAAGGGCUUAGGCCGGCCGACCCCCUUUCUCCCCUGCGGCUGGCCUGGCACCAAGGUCUCUCAGAGAAUGGCUAAAGCAGAGGGCAGGCAAGGGGAUGGCCCCUCCUAGCCUAUGGCUCCUGGACCCCGACAGCGUGCUGGCCGUCAACAGAUGCAGAAGAUGGUGUGUGGACUGCUGGCGGGCACCAGGCUCCUUGCUCCUGCUAGGAAUCCCCUCCCCAGCCAAACUGCAGGAUGGCAGGGCGCGGUUUACAAGCUGCGAGGCACGGCCACCCUCGGGAAGAAAGGCGGCCGAGGCAUUAGCCCUCCGGUGCAGUUACGAGCGUGAUCAAAGCCCACCCAUUUCCCCCCAGAGAUACUAAACAGAAAACAAAGGCACUUAAAAGCAGCUUGAGAAGGCGACACUUCCCUGCUUAAAUCAGUGGGAAUUCCUCUGAAGAGAAAGUUCUUCCUAACAGGCACCUAUGCAAAUUCACGUGGCUCUUCUAAGCAGAUGAGGACUUCUUUCCUCAAUGUGCUAUGGAAAUAUUUUUGUGUUCUAGACAGUGGACCUUUUUCCAGUAAAUGUGGCUUAAUAUUUUAA